UAAAGUUGUAUCGCUUCAAAACUGCUAUGCGUUUCUGAGGAUAAUGAAAAUAUCGGGACAAAAAAGGGUGUUUCCAGAAGGAUGGGCAAAGAGAGUAAGCAUCCGUGGAAGAGCAAAUGGUGUUGUCACCUCUUCCAUCCCCGGAAAAUUAAAUAACAUUUCUGAGAUUUGCAGUGACUAUAAUAACUCAAAACGGUCGACUGAAGCAGUUGAUCGAAUAAUUGAAACCAUUCAACAAAAGCGAAAACAAAUCCAGGAAGCUGACAGUAAUCAUAUCAAGUCAAUCACAUACAGCUCUACCCAACCAACGCUCCUGAAUUCUCAAUCUUGUAACUAUAAAUUACCAAGAGCAUUUGUUCAACGAUCACGUGUUCAACAAAUAAUUGAUGAGUUUCUUUACAAAGCUAGAAAACGAGGACUGGGUGGUCGGUCAUCUAAAGAAAGAAAUAACCUUUCAGAAGAAAUCAAAUGUCAUCCAGUUAAUCGCGAACGACAUCAGUCUGGCGAGGGAGGAGAAAUUAUUUCUACUGUUAAAGAAUAUUUACCUCCAGAAGUGUAUAAAGAUUUUGCAUUUGAUGCAAAUUGCAAUAACUCUGAUACAGAAUUGAAUCGCACUUGUUCUUCAGGGUUUUACUCACGGAGUUUUAGUAUUCGAUCAAACUCACCAGAUUUAUUUGAUCAACAAGAAAAUAAAGUCAAUUCACAAACUCAUCUAAAGCAACCAAUGAAUGCAGUGGAUAAACAAACAAAUUUCGUAUUGUUUGAAAAACCUUGUGAAACACAUUCUUUCAAGUCUGAUUAUGACAAAAUAGCUCAGACUGAUGACUUUUAUUUUUCGCAGAACUCUCGAAAAAUGCUACAAUCUCCACAAAUAGUAGAAGUUCCAUUAUCAAAUAACUACCCAACAAAUAAUUUUUACAUUGCCAAUGACAAAAGUGCUUACGCCAUGGAAAAUAAAAUUAUACCAACAAAUUUAUAUCAUACAAUUCCUCAUGUUUUAUCGCAAAAUCAAUUUGAUCAAUACGGGAACCAAGUGAUUAGAUUUAAUGAUGUUGGAUUGUGUACAAACUGUCAUAUGCUGUACAGCAAACAAACCAAUACAAACCAUCAAAUUGAUAAUAUUUUCAAUUUUAAUCCAAAUUUCUAUCAAAGCAUACAGAAUUCUAACUCUACCAACAAAUUUUUACAAGAUCGUUGGAAGUUCAACUUCGCUAAUCAACCAUGUAAUUUAAGUAAUCUGAACUUUCACUCAAUAGAAAAAAACAAAGAUGAAAUUCAAGAUUUUUUAGAUGACUAUGAAUUCAGACACUUUAUGAAGGCGGGCGUUCAACAACUCACUGGAAUUCGACAAGAUAAUUGCUGUAUGCAUAAUUUUGAAAAUGUAGGGAGUGAACAAGUUUCACAACACAAUUUUCACAAAUUCACAGAUAAAUUUACGAGAGCUCAUACUCAUUCAUCUAAACAUUGUGAGCCAUCACCAGUGUUUCCUUUCAAAGUAAUCAAUGCUGAACGUAAUAAGUUGAAUGAAACUUAUGUAUGUAAUCAAGAUUAUCAAAAUGAGGAUAUUAUCAAAUUUUUUCCAAAUGAUGAUUUUAGUCACGGUAAAAAUGUUAACGCUUUUAAACACACUGAUUUAAAACUGGAAUCUGGAGAAAAGGUUCAUUCAUUAGGUUUAUCCUAUUCAACUGAUACAAUGAAUAAUAUGAAAUCUGCUACAACAUCAACAGUAUCAACUCAAACAUAUUCAACAGAUGAAAAAUGUGAAGAUACAUUUUAUAUCCCAUAUAGAAAACAAAACAAUUUUAACAUGGAAAAGACAUAUUACACGAAAUCUCUAGAUGCAUCAGAACUUCACUGUGAGACCUCAUUACCAACACAUCAAAAACAAUUUCAUGAUGAAUCGAUUAUUACGAGUGAAUUCACUACUGAACAAUUGCCGGUACUAUCAUCUGUGAAAAACAAGAUGCACAAACCACUGGCUACAUCGACACCUUCUGGUGAAAGAGCCGAUGAGAAUAAGAUAAUUGAUGAGAGAAAAUCUAAAAUGAAAACUAACCAAUUAACAGAUGUAUAUCACAGUUUUCAAAUACCUAGAAAAAUUACAAGCGACAGCAUUAUGAAUAAUAUGAAUGAAAGUGAAUCAUUUGUAAUCUUGAAUUUACUAAAAUCGGCAGGUAAAAGUGUUUCAUUUGAAAAUAUUGACAAUGAAGAAUAAAAUAGAAUAGAAAGACAAACAACUAUUCGUGGUUGCCUUUAUUCAUUGUCAUAUUGACGCAAUUAAAUGAUGUUUCGGUAAUUUGAAUAAACAAAUUUGAA